ACUUUAAUGGCAGCUGUAUUUUUGGCGCUUGCUUGUCGUGUCUCUUUAGUUUCCUGCAGCCACAAUGAGUUUAGUUCAGGGUUUGAGAGAGUUUAUCAACGAGCGACUAGCAGCUGCUGCUGGAGAAAUAUUCCUCGUGUUUGAACAAACUAUCGUCCAGUAUGAGGAGGAGAUUGACCGACAGCGCAAACUACUGGAAAUCAGCUGCAAACCUCAAAUCAGAAUAAGCAAAGCAGAACUCCCACAGGAAGACGACUGUGAAGAAGAGCAACCCUUCAACGAAGAGACAACACUCAUUCUGGACCAGGAACAAUCCGUACCGCCCCAGGUAAAAGUGGCAUGGCAGCAGACGGAAUUUCCACACAUCAAAGAGGAACAGGAAGAACCAGAACCUCCUGGAAGCACGAGGGACCCGGAGGAACCAGAAUCUUCACCGUUUCAUGAGGAAAUGGAGGAAGUCUGCACUAGCCGAGAGGCGGAGCAUCCUGUACUGAAGCUUGAAUGUAAUGCAGUUACGGUGACAUCUACUGCACAAAGUUACCUCAUUGAACCAGAACCAGACAGUGAGCUGCUCCUCCCUCCUGACUCUGCAGUCGCUGACAUCCACUUUCAGAAGCAAGGCGCUCGCACUGACUCGAGAUCUACUGGAUGUGAAGAACUGGAGCCCAACAGGGUUUGUUACAGCGGCGAUGUGGAGGACUCUACUGUUGCACACAUGUUUUUCCAGAGGCAAAAGCGGCGCGCUCAUGAAGCGAAGCCUGCUUUAUUUUUUGGAAAACGCCAUUUUCUGCACAACAAGAGCAGUAGCAUGAACAUGAAGCAGUACACUUGUGAAGUAUGUGGUAAAACUUGCAGUCGAAAGACUAAUUUGUUGGUCCACAUGAGAACGCACACAGGCGAGAAGCCGUAUUGUUGCCAAACUUGUGGUAAAAGCUUCAAAUAUCAGCAUUAUUUUUUGAUCCACACGAGAAAUCACACGGGUGAAACACCGUUUACCUGCAACAGCUGCGGGAAAAAAUUCACUAGCUCUUCAUCUCUGAUAAAACACAGAAAGACUCACACGGACGUGAAGCAUCACUGUGCGAGGCUGCACGCAGGUGAGAAGCCGUAUUCCUGUGAAACGUGCGGCCGGGGCUUCAGCCGACGCAGUAAUUUGGCGUUCCACGUCAGAACCCACGCCGGGGAUCAGGCGUGUUAUUGUGCCAUGUGUGGCAGAGCCUUCAGCUCUCAGUCCAGUUUGUUGGUCCACAUGAGGCAUCACACAGGGGAGAAUCCGUAUUCUUGAGGUGAUGCUUUCUGUGCUUGUUAAACGUGAAAAUUUGGACAACGGCUCCUAAAUUGUGACUUUUCUAUAAACCCACCGACUCGGUCGUGGUGUAGACGAGAGAAAACAAGACCAACAGCGCUCAGCUGUCUGGGACACGCAUUACGAGAAGCUGUCGUCGUUAUUGCUCAUCUGCGCGUUUCCCCCGUCUGCAGGGGAACACAGACCAAGCGUUUCUGGAAAGUAGUGUUUUUUACCUGUUUACAUGAUGAUGGAGUCCAAGCAUUUCAAAAAAAUCUACCUUGUAACUGUUUUUCAGUGGCUCUGAACACCCUCGUGGUGUAACUUUACUUCUACCGCUACUGCUUUUUUUGUAACAAUUUUCUUUAAGAAAAAUUAAUGUGUUGGCUAGUGUAACCUGAGAAAUGAUUCAU